CAGGGUGAGCAGACGCAUACCACACCGGUAGGAGGGCACGCGUGGCUGCUGCAAUUAAUGCACGCAUCAGAAGCACCAGCCAGAGCCGUAUAGCGCAGCAGGAUUAUUAGCAGCUCGCUCUCACACCAGUCUCUCAGAGCCUGCUGCGCUGCUGCCAUGGAGAACGGCGGCGAGGAAGGAGGCGGCGGCGGCGGGGACGACUACACCAAGGACGGCUCCGUCGACCUCCGUGGCAACCCCGCUCGCCGCUCCAAGCGCGGCGGCUGGACCGCCUGCACCUUCAUCGUCGUGUACGAGCUGUUCGAGCGGAUGGCCUACUACGGGGUGGCGUCGAACCUGGUGAUGUACCUGACGGAGCGGCUGCACCAGGGCACCGUCGAGGCCGCCAACAACGUCACCAACUGGUCCGGCACCGUCUUCCUCACGCCGCUCCUCGGGGCCUUCGUCGCCGACGCCUACCUCGGCCGCUACUGGACCUUCGUCGCCGGAUCCGCCGUCUACCUCAUGGGGAUGCUGCUGCUGACGCUGGCGGUCUCCGUGCCGGCGCUGAAGCCGCCGCCCUGCGACGUCGGCGGCGUCGGCGCCGGCGCCACCUGCCCGCGCGCCUCCGCGCUGCAGCUCGGCGUCUACUUCGGCGGGCUGUACACCAUCGCGCUGGGCCACGGCGGCACCAAACCCAACAUCUCCACCAUCGGCGCCGACCAGUUCGACGACUUCCACCCGCGGGAGCGCCGCCACAAGCUCUCCUUCUUCAACUGGUGGAUGUUCACCGUCUUCACGGGCAUCCUCUUCUCCACCACCGUGCUCGUCUACCUCCAGGACAGCGUCAGCUGGUCCUGGGGGUACGGCGUGCCCACGCUGGCGCUCGCGGCCUCCGUCGCCGUCUUCCUCGUCGGCACGCCGCUGUACCGCCACAAGCUGCCGCAGGGCAGCCCGGUCGCGAGGAUGGGCAGGGUGGUCGCCGCGGCCGCGUGGAAAUGCCACGUCGCGGUGCCCGGGGACCUCGGCGAGCUGCACGAGGUGGGGCCCGAGCACUACGCCAGCAGGAAGAGGUUCCGCGUGGGCGCGACGGGCUCCAUGGGGUUCCUGAACAAGGCGGCGGUCAAGGCGGAGGGCGCCCCUGGGUGGGCGCUGUGCGCGGCGACGCAGGUGGAGGAGACGAAGCAGAUCGCCAGGCUGGUGCCGCUGCUGGCCACCAUGUUCGUGCCGUGCGCGCUGAUGGCGCAGGUGGGCACGCUCUUCGUCCGGCAGGGCGCGACGCUGGACCGCCGCCUCGGCCUCGGCGCGGCAUUCCAGGUGCCCCCCGCCAGCCUCGGCGCGUUCGUGACGCUGACCAUGCUCGUCUGCGUGGCGGUCUACGACCGCGCCCUCGUCCCGGCGGUCCGGCGGCGCACCAAGGACCCGCGCGGAAUCACUCUGCUGCAGCGUAUCGGCGCCGGGCUGCUCCUCCAGGUCGUGACGAUGGCGGCCACGGCGGCGGUCGAGAGCCGUCGGCUGAGCUUCGCGAGGAGCCACGCGGCGGCGGGCGGCGGCGGGCGGCCUCUGCCGCUGACCAUCUUCGUCCUGCUGCCGCAGUUCGUGCUGAUGGGCGCCGCCGACGCGUUCCUGGUGGUGGGGCAGAUCGAGUUCUUCUACGACCAGGCCCCCGAGAGCAUGAAGAGCCUGGGCACGGCCAUGUCCCUGACUGCCUACGGCGUGGGCAGCAUGCUGAGCAGCGCCGUCCUGUCGCUCGUGGAGCGGAUCACAGCCGGGAGGGGCACGCCGUGGGUGGCCAACGACCUCAACGCGUCGCGCCUCGACUGCUACUACGCGUUCCUCGCAGUGCUGGCGGCGGCGAACCUCGCCUCGUUCGUGGUGCUGAGCUGCAGGUACUCGUACAGGGCGGAGUCCACGGAGGCGAUCGCCGUCACGGCGAGAGUGCACUCGGAGCCGGCGCCGCCGGUGGCGCCGUGACUGCAGUUUGGACGACGUGACUAGUUGUGACGACCAACUGCACGUACUGGUGGCCAUGUAGCGCAUGUUUUGACGACGAAAAUUGACGCUCCGUGAGUAUGAUGAAGAUGUGUGUUCAGCAAGCAAUUUAAUUAGUAGCCGAUUAUUAACAAUUAUCUUGAAUGUUUAAUUCAGCUAUUAGGAGGACGAUACCAAUGUAUUAGUAGUACUUUGUUUGCACCUAGUUCAGUUACUAAUUGGUUAAUCAUGAGAUAAUCAGUAA